AGAGUUCAUCCUGUGUCAACACAUGUGCGUCUCCCGCAGCAGCCACGAGACCGGCGCCAGGAAACUGUUUCACUUCAGCGGUUUAAGGUUCAUUUACCUUGAAUAAAGUCAAUAAAAUGCCCAAAGACAUUUCAUCUUCAUCCAGUGAGGAGGAAGAAGAGAACCAAGCUGCAGAAACACAACACAAACAACACGAGAAGAAGAAAACCAGGUACCAGUGUCCCGCUGACUUUGUGUCUUUCUGCCAUGCACCCUGCAGCAGCACACUAACAGAGAGUCUGAGGAACAACAAUAACGAGUUAUGGCUCAUUAAAGCUCCAGCCAACUUUAAUCCAGAAUGUUUCAGUGGCAUCAAGGUUCCUCUCUCAGGUCUGGAUACCGUGGAGGUUCCCACUGCAGCAGGCGGAGCCACGACUGCAAGCAGCCAGCAGAUCUACAGCAUCCUGGCGUCCUCCCACGGCACCUCAGAGCUCCACUUGCUCACCAGCGACAAGCAGUCAUCAGAUGGCGUCGUUUUUGGUCCUGCUUUUUCAGGCUUGCUAAAUGUGUGUGAGAGCUACGGGAACACCAGCGCUAACUGGGCUCCUCAGGUCAUCCCCACAGCUCCUGCACCCUCCAUACCACUGGGGCUGAAACAGCGAUUCCAACCCUUUGGCAGCAAAACUCCCAUGCUGACCUGCGUGGCAGAGAACGAAGUGGACGGAGCUGCCUUUGGGCCCUCAUCUACAACUCUCCAACCCCUGGUAGUCAAACGAUUCAUAGAGGAAGCAGGAAUUGAGGAAGAGGGAGAGGGGAAGAGGAAGAAGAAGAAGAAAAAGAAAGAAAAGCAGAUAAAGAUGGAGCGAGAGGGGUCAGAGGAGUUGGUGAAAGUGGAAGCUGAAAUUCAGGAUGAAGUGAUGACGGAGCUCCCAGAGGAGAAGAGGAAGAAGAAGAAGAAGAAGAAGGACAGGGACCGAGAGGCGGUGGAAGAGGGGCUGGAGCCCAGUCUGGCGGUAAAAGUUGAAGAGGUAACGGUGAAAUGUGAACCAAUGGACCCUUUGUAUGGCGAUGAAGUGGAAGGAUUGGUAAAGAAGAAGAAAAAGAAGAAGAAAAGCAAGACUGAUGAUGACUAGUCUGUUGUCUUUUUGUUUAGUUUUGACUUACUAAAAUCGCCUUGGAGUCCAUUUCGUUAUGAAGUUCUUUUCAGACAUGAAUUCCGGAGGAUUGGCUCCAGACUUCCGCUGGCAUUUUCUUCCAGACAUUAACAGCUCAGACAUGUUCACAACAGCACAGACAUCUCCUGGUGAGAGGUGGUGCAGCAGACGGAGGCUGGAGGUUGCUGUGGAGAUCACAUUUUCGUUUAAAGCACAUCAACACCAGCGUCGACUCUCAUCACCAAAAACUAUGAUAUCUUCACCAGUGUCUUCUAAAUGUGUUGCUCCACGUUUUCAUCCUGAGAUAUUUUAUGCUUCUUUUUUCAGUUUUGCAUUGUUGGAUAUUAGGAAUUCCGUCAAAACACCCACUCGCUUGCAGUUAAUCCUCCGGAGCUUCUCCUGCUAUGUUCUCACAUGAGCUCUCUCAAACACUGUCCAGAGUUUUCAUUAGGGGCCUGGCAGGAGAAACUGUGGAGAAUGUCAGGAGCCUCUCACAGACAUUUUCGUUGUCACAUACAGCCCCUCUGGAGAAUGUCUGGAGUUCAGUGCAGGUCUGAAAGAAGCUUAAUUCAGUCCAUGUUAUUGAUAGUUGAGAGAUUACAUAAUGCAAAACUUGUUUUUGCAGGACAUUGUAGUUUGGAAAAAAGGAGAAAAAACAUCUUGAAUCAGUUAAAUUCUGACACAAAUUAUAAAGUGGAUGCAUUCCAGCAUCUUCAAAUCCAAUGUUCAUAUAAUCCUGAGCUCAGUAUUACACACGAAGCAUGUGUGCAGCUGCAGGCGACUAAGAGUGAAGGGUAAUGAGAGCAUACAGGAGGAAUUUCUGUGUUUUCCACCAUUGUCUGUCAAGUCGUGGUCGAUUGUCCUGGACUGUGUUUCUGUGUUUGUGUACAUAUUUACGUUACUGGGUGAAGUAACGUCACCGGUUUGGCUGCAGAUUCAGAAAAACCAGAGCGGAUACGAUGACAGAAUAAUGGUUCUGUGUCACGUAAGGCUGUUAGUAGCUGGAGCUGAGUCACAUGUACUGGAGGAAUUACAUGUGUGCAGGAAAAUACAUGUUGGAGAACAAACUCAAAAGUGAUUAAAUGAAUUGAGAGAAAAAA